AACGCGACAGUCGACUGGAGUUCCCAAACCACAUACUCCAGCACAAUGGCUUCACUACCGUGUCGAAACGCCUUGGCGCGCAGUCGCCACAUCAUCCGCCCCAAGACGUUUGCCCGCACCUUCGCCAUCAAAGACGCGGCGCCCCCGACAGAGCAGCCCGAGAGCUUCAACCCCGAGACACGACGACAGCCACGAUGGCAGGCAACGCCCGAGGGCAUGGUGGCCCCCUUUCGCGUGAGAGUUGCCAAGAACCCCGUCAACUCGGAAUGGGCUGUCAACUCGGACCCCCGGGUUCUCGAUGAAUUCUACGAGAAUCUACUCGGACCCGAGGGGCCCAACAUGCUGCCCGAGGAGUUGAAGUGGCUAGCCAUCACCCACAAGAGUUUCGAUCAGGCAAAAAGAGGAAACAAUGAGCGUUUGGCUAUGAUGGGGCGCAUGGCGAUCUACAUGGAGGCCUGCAAGACGACGGUGAACAGCGAGCGCAACCCGAAAUUAGGAGACGGAGAGGAUAUCCACCCCCAAUUGCGAUCCGUGGACAACCUGCACAUUGAGUCGCCCACCAGUCGUGUCGUGUCGAGCCUGUUAGCAACCGCCCAAAAUACCGAUCUCCUCAAGGUGUUGCGGUGGAAACCGCGACUGACACAAGAUCUUGAGCAGUCAGGCGUCUCGACUAUUUCAUCUCGCGCUGUGCAGGCGAUUGUCGGAGCUAUAUUGCUCCAGCAUGGCUCGGAGGUGGCAUCGACAGUGAUCAGGGAGCGGAUACUGCAGGCCCCACGGCGCUCGGCCGCGUGAGCGCGGUCAACUUGUUAUCAUAUUUGUAUUACCUCCUCGUCACACCCGGCGACUGUAUCAAUGUACAUGGAACAUACCGGAUCAUGUCCAGCGUAUUGCCGAUCUUCAGAGCGAAAUGAUUUCGAUGGAACCAUGUCGGUGAAAGGCGCCAGGCCAGGGAGGUGUCUGGCAGAAGUGGAACAGCGACAUGAGGCUUGGUUCCCCUGUAAAUGUCUGGGCUCCUCAUAUGUCUGCCCAUUACUGGAGGACUUGGUAGUCCUGCUCACUAGGACCACAGCCCACUAGCCACUGUCCAGUAAUGACCUUUAAAGCCUCAACAUUUGGGAACGGAGCAUUGUUCCAAAGUAAAUUACAAUACAUCAGGACUUGGCC